AUGGCUUCUAUUGGUCCCAUCAGCGCUGCUGCUUGUACUGUUUCCAGCCAGAUGAUAUUCGCAAUUUCUAUUGCUGCGAUACAGCUAGCUAUUCUUGUCCUGAGUCUGACAAUUACACCGCGUCCCCAUCAAGCUACCAUCAUAACCAAUGCAGUAACAUUCGUGGCUGCAUUGGUAGUCUGCGUAUUGUCAUUCCUCGAACAUGGCCGAUCAGUCAAGCCAUCGACAUUGCUCACCGUCUACCUCGUGACAUCGAUCGUUUGCGAUAGCAUCAACCUGGCCUCGGUCUAUGAAGGCCAUGCAGAGACGCGCACUAUAGCUUUGCUCACUGCGUCAAGUGGGCUCAAAGUGAUCCUGCUUGUCCUCGAAACUUUGAAUAAACGAUCCUACCUGAGAGAGCCGUACAGUUCCUUGCCCUUGGAGCAGACUGUGGCAGAUCUCAAUCGCAUCUUCCUCUUUUGGAUGAAUCAGCAAAUCUGGAAGGGCCAUAAGAAACUCUUGUCUGUAGCGGAUCUGCCAAAUCUAGAUGACGGCAUCCAGUCUCAAGGUUUGCGGGCACGCGCCGAAAAGGCUUGGGCGAAAACAGCCAAACCGGAGCAUGGGAGCGAAAGUGCGUUGCCUUUGCUAAAGCUACUCGCCAGAUGUCUGGGUCCCACCAUGCUUGUUAUAGCCAUUCCCCGGCUCUUUUCGACGGUAUUUCGCUUUGCACAGCCAGUUCUCAUUAACCGCACUAUCCAGUACGUUGCGCAACCAGCUACAGAGUCCGAGGGCGCCCAAGACGUAACCGGCACGCAGAUCAUAUUUGCCGCAAUCAUCAUCUAUUCGGGGACAAUUAUCAGCAACAACAUUUAUCAGCAAGGCGCUGGUCGAAUCGAGGUCAAAACCCGAGGUGUUUUGGUUGGACUUAUCCAUGCCAAAUGCCUUGAGAUGCGUGAUGGAGUUUACGAUGACGCCGCAGCAGUCACUCAUAUGGGCAACGAUGUCGACAAUGUUGAUUAUACUGCACGAAUCUUUCAAGAAGUGUUUGGAAAUGCGAUUGAGGUCAUUAUUGGCAUGUACAUGCUAAGUAACCAGCUUGGAUGGUGGUCGUUGACACCACUAGUCAUCGUUGGCUUAUCUUCACAAGUCAGCAAGUUCAUCGGCUCCAGUAUCGGAGGUAAAGUUAUGGCCUGGAUGGGUGCAAAACAGAAGCUCGUUGCCAUCACCACUUCCAUGAUUGAUUACAUCAAAAACAUCAAGAUGAUGGGAAUGGCGACAACAGUCAUGACCAAGAUUCAUGAAGGAAGAAAAGGUGAAGUAGCCAAGGGCACUUUGUUUCGCUGGACCUUGGCCUACUUCAACUGUCUGGCAUAUUCCGUCACCUUGUUCUCUCCAGUCUUCACCUUGGUUUUCUACGCCGUAGAUGCAAAGCUCCGAGGUCAUGGCCCAUUGGACCCAACACGGGCAUUCACAGCCGUGGCAAUCAUCAGUCUCGUAGCAUCCCCUGCCAACCAGCUCUUGGCUGCAUAUCCCCAGUUGGGGUCGAUGCUUGGAACUCUUCGAAGAAUCCAAGACUAUCUAGUUGAGCCAUCUCGCGAGGACAAACGAGUCCUAGUCGAAUCUCAAAAUGGCCAGACUACCGCUAAUGGAGCAGGAUCAGACAACACCACGAAACCCGACGUUGCCAUCAGCUUCGAUAAUGUUAGUCUGAAGCCAGCGGCGACAGCAAAGAUAUGCCUUGAGGACAUUAACAUCAAUAUUCUGCACGGGUCCUUGAAUGUAAUCUGUGGAGCUGUGGGCACAGGCAAGACAACUCUGGCCAGGGCGAUUCUCGGCGAUGUUCCGCCCGAAAAGGGCACCAUAACCGUCUCGUCAAAGCGCAUCGGCUACUGCGCGCAAAAGCCUUGGCUUAUCAAUGCCAGCAUCAAGAACAUUGUUUGUGGGCCUAUUCCGGACUCGGAGAUUGACGAGGAAUGGUACAACACUGUCAUUUAUGCUUGCGGGCUGGUCGAAGAUAUCGAAAACUUCAAGGGCGACAAAGCGACCGUCGGUAGCCGUGGAGUCACGCUAUCUGGAGGUCAGAGACAACGAGUGGCAAUCGCGAGAGCUGUAUAUGCACGACCAAGCAUCAUCAUUCUUGAUGAUGUUCUCUCUGCUUUGGACGCAAAGACCGAGGCGCACGUGGCUGAGCAGCUCCUUGGAAAGAAGGGAGUAUUCCAGAAACUCGGUACCACCGUUGUUCUAAUCACUCAUGCCUCGCAACACCUUCCACUGGCCGACCACAUCAUCGUUUUGGCAGAGUCCAAGGUGGCCGAGCAGGGCUCCUGGACCCAGCUGCGCUCGUCUACAGGUUACGUGAGCCAGCUGGAGGUCAAGGAAGCAAGCUCAUCUUCCGCCCAAGACGCGGCUGCUGAAAAGCCGACGACUGUUCCCGGCACCACGCCGCCUUCUGGUACCGAUCUGAUGGAUCUUACAAGACGCACGGGCGAUAUUUCUGUGUAUUGGUACUACCUCAAGAGCGCCGGGCUCACAACCGUUGGUCUAUUCCUAGGGUUCAACAUUGCCUUUGGAGUAACAUCAGCGGCCUCGCCAUACAUUCUCAGAGCGUGGUCCGAAUCCGAUGGGCAAGAUACAUGGUUCUACAUUGGCAUGUACAGUCUUUCAGCGAUCCUGGGAAUGUGUUUUAUUGCUGGCGUGAUAGUGUCCAACUUCAUAUAUCUCAAUGCAAACGCUGGUGUAGUUCUUCACUACAAGCUGCUCAAGACCAUUAUGAGGGCUCCCCUUUCUUAUUUCUCCAGCACCGAGACUGGCACGAUCGUCAACCGCUUCACCCAAGAUAUCGGUUAUGUUGACAGCAACUUGCCAUUUGCUCUUCUCGUCGUUGUUCUGCAGCUGGUUCGACUCUUGUCUCAAUUGAUACUGAUGUUCAUCAUGCAGGCGGUCACCCUCGUGUGCGGCCCGCCGCUUGUAUUGGUGCUCUAUGUCAUUCAGAAAUUCUACCUUCAUACGUCCAGACAGCUUCGGUUUCUCGAUCUCGAGUCGAGAGCAGUGGUUUAUGCAAAUUUCCUUGAAACGCUGGAGGGGAUUUCUGUCAUUAGGUCAUUUGGGUGGCAGGAUCAGGCAAUCGCUCAAAACAUCGAGAAGCUGGACAUUUCUCAGACGCCUCACUAUGUCAUGGUCAUGAUACAGGUGUGGCUCAUCCUCGUCCUUGAUUUCGUGGUUGCUGCAAUUGCCAUUGUCGUCAUUUCCUCCGCAGUGGCGCUGCGUUCUUCCACUACUGGUGGUCAAAUUGGUGUUUCCCUGAAUAUCAUCAUGAUGCUUAAUCUCGCAGUUGUUCGUCUCAUGGAGCAAUGGACGCAACUAGAGACAUCAAUGGGUGCGAUUUCUCGUAUCAAGACGCUGGAAGAGACCUUGGCCCCGGAGGACCAGGAAUCUGAGGAUUUCGAGCCGCCUGAGGAGUGGCCAGAGAAGGGGGCCAUUGAGUUCCGCGAUGUGACUGCUGCUUACAACCCUGAAGCGAUUGCCUUGAAAGGUAUCUCAGUGAGCAUAUCGCCAGGCCAGAAAGUUGGUAUUUGUGGUCGUACAGGAAGUGGAAAGUCGACUCUGCUUCUAUCUCUGGUUCGUCUCAUUGAACUCGAAUCUGGAACAAUUUUUAUCGACGGCCUCGAUAUCACCACCAUUGCCAGAGAAACAGUCCGCAGCCGGCUCAUCGCCAUUCCGCAAGAGACUUUUGUCCUCAAUGACAGCAUUCGCCUCAACAUUGAUCCAUCGGGCCACGCAACCGAUGACGAAAUCGUCGCCGUUCUGGACAAGGUGCAGCUCUGGAACGUGAUCAAGUCCCGGGGCGAGGAGGACGGCAGCAACGGCAACGCUGAGAGCGCGGACGCAGCGGACGCAGCGGACGCAGCCAAGAAAAAGGAAGAGACCGAUCCCCUCGAUGCUCCGCUCAAGUCCUCGCCCUUUUCGCAUGGCCAAUUCCAGCUCUUUGGGCUGGCGCGUGCAUUGCUGCUCAAGUCCCGAUCUACCAUUCUGGUGCUCGACGAGGCCACGAGCAACGUGGACGCCAAGACAGAUGAGCUGAUGCAGCGCAUUAUCCGUGAGGAGUUCUCGCAUCAUACCAUAUUGAGUAUCGCGCACAGGCUCGACACGAUUCGUGAUGCAGAUGUCAUCAUUGUGCUAAACAAGGGCAAGAUUGUCGAGGUCGGGGCGCCCGACGACCUCUUGUCCAAGGAGGCAAAAGUAGGCAAAGGCAGCGAGGAGAACGGAGCAGUUGAGGAGGCCGAGAAGGCAUGGUUUAAAGAGCUAUGGGAUGGAACGCAUUGA